CAAAACACAGCCUUUUAGUUUUCUAAAUCGCCGUCUCUCUUGUUCCUCAAAACCCUAGAACAAGUUUACUAAAACCCCUCUCUCUCUCUCUCUAGACUUGUGUGCAGUUCCGUCGAGAACAAUGUCUUCCAAGGGACUGAAACCGACCAAGAGGAAAGAUAACGAAAGCUCCGAGAAACCAGAUGCUAAGAAGCCGAAGCUACCCCCGAAUACGAUUCAGAACCAAAAGCCGAAAGCUUUUGGAAACAACAACGACAAGGGUGUUAACCUGUCCAAGAAGGAGCGUCGUGUACAAGCUAAGGAGCUGACAGAAGCAAGGAAGAAGAGGAGGAAGCCUCACUACACUCUCGAGCAAGAGCUUGCAACUCUGUGGGAGAAGAUGAGGCGUCGUGAUAUUGGCAAGGAGGACCGUUUAAAGCUGAUAUCGGAAGCUUUACUGAAGAUGAAGGGGAAAAUGCACGAGAUUGCUGUCUCUCAUGUGUCUUCCCGUGUUCUCCAGACUUGUUUGAAGUAUUGCUCACAAGCCGAGAAGGAAGUUGUAUACAAGGAACUUCAUCCCCACUUUCUGAGCCUGUCUUCUAAUACAUACUCUGUUCACGUGUUGAAGAAGAUGCUUGAUGGAGCAUCUAAGCAGCAGCUUUCAGCUUGUAUAUCCAGCCUCCGGGGACACGUGGCCGCUCUCCUCCGUCACAUGGUCGGAUCUGUUGUUGUGGAGCAUGCGUACCAUCUGGGGAAUGCAGCACAAAAACAAGAACUCCUUGGAGAGUUGUACUCAACAGAGCUUCAGUUAUUCAAAGACUUGAACUCAACUUCCGAGAAAAGGGUGGUGGACAUCAUAGCUAAGCUAGGACUACAAAAAGGAUUCGUUAAUCGACACAUGACUGCCAUUAUCCAACCAAUUCUCGAGAAGGGAAUUGUCGACCACACCAUCACACACAAGUUGCUGAUUGAGUACAUGACUAUAGCUGAUAAGACUUCGGCUGCAUUUGUGAUUCAGCAACUGUCAGGUCCGCUUCUUAUACGUAUGGUUCACACCCGUGAUGGUUCUAGGCUUGCUAUGCUUUGUAUCAAACAUGGAAGUGCUAAGGAGAGAAAGAAGAUUAUCAAAGCAAUGAAAACCGAUGAUAAUAUAAGCCAUGUUGGAAGUAUUGCUUCUGAUCAGUAUGGAAGUAUGGUGCUUGCAUGUAUUUUUUCUUUAGUUGAUGACACAAAGCUAAUAACCAAGAUUAUUGUUCGUGAGCUGGAGGCCAACUUGAAGAAUCUUGUUAUGGGAAAGAAUGGAAGGAGACCACUAUUGCAGUUACUCCAUCCAAACUCUUCACGGUAUUUCAGUCAUGAUGAUUUGGCCUCUCUUGAUCUGUCUGUUCCAUCACUGUGCUUAAUGGAUAAGUCUGAAGCAAAGGACUCAGAUGACAAAGAAUCUGCUGAGGAGGCGAAAGAUGAGCAGGAAGAUACUGUAACCGAACAGAGCGGUCUUGAAGAAAUUGUCGCAGUUGCAGGCAGUAAAAAAGAUCCCCUUGUUAGAAGGCAGGAGUUGUUAGUCAAGAGUGGCCUUGCUGAGAGGCUUAUUGAUGUCUGUGUGGAGAACGCUGAGGAGUUCCUGAAGUCUAACUUGGCCAAAGAGGUCAUGUAUGAGGUUGCAGUGGGAGGCUGUGAUGGUAUUCUUUUGCCAACUCUGAGCGAGAAGCUGGGUGAGCUUUACGAAGCCAUUGCCUCUGUAGCAGCAGAGCCGAAACCCGAAGAAUCAGAGAAGGGUUCACAGCACAUCCUGGAAGACUUUCACUCAAACCGAACAAUAAGAAGGCUGGUCUUGGACAGCCCUACUUUUGCUUCCAUUCUUUUUAACAAGGCCUUGUCUGGAAAAUGUCGGUCAUGGGCUCAAGGACACUGUUCAAAGAUAUUAGCUGCUUUCUUAGAGACUCAAGAUCUUCAAGUUCGUGAGAUGGCUAAGGGAGAGCUGCAAGUGUUGGUGAACGAAGGUGCGUUGAAGAUCCCAGAAACCAAGAAACCCUAAUGAUGCAGCCUGGAUCACUUGGCUUUUUUUGUUAAGUGUCUUUUCAAACAGGUUACUAGGUUUCAGAGACUUGGUUUAUGUCUACAAUUUUGUUCUUUCUUUCUACUAUGGUUUAUUAUCUUAAUGCAACUUUAAAAAACCUCUAUUACAAUGUACUCAAACUCAGUCUUUAAUUGUCUAUGUUUUAAUCAUGGUGAGAUUGAUUCUCAUAAUUCAACUCAA